CCCGGGAUUUUUGGACACCCUGUCCCCAGAGACUGCUUGGCUGGAAGGCAGAGGAAGACUUCCUCCUGAUUUAAGAGGGAGAUAACACACGCACACCCCCCAGAUAGAACUGUGACAAAGGCUGAGAUAGGCAGCGUUGAGAGGAGAUAGUGAGGGGAGUGCGGACGCCAGCACAGAGGAGAGGACAGGCGGAGGAGGGACGCUGCACGGUGCGCUGUGCCUUUAAAGCGCCAAGCCCCUCCCCUCCACAGAGCCGAGCAGGAGAGCCGAGUGGUGCUGGCAGGAGCCUGAGCCCCACGAUAAACUCUGGCAUCAGCUUCCCUUCAUCCGGCAGUCAGCGAGGACACAGCGAGGGCGCAGGGGCAGAGAGACGGGGACGGAGAAAGGGAAAGAGCACGAGUGACAGAGAGGUGGGGGGAGAGCGAGAGAGACGAAAACAGGCAGAUAGACAGAGAGAGAGGGAGAGAGAGAGAGAGAGAGAGAGAGAGAGGGGCUGUCACGGGAACCACACAGCUCCCUUCCCUCGCAGGCAGCAGCUCAGCCGCUCCGUCCGCCGCCUCCCGAUGCAGCCGGAUGCUGACGGGGAUGACGGGUGGCGUGCUCUCAGCAACGCAGUUAUCUGAGUGAUGGUAGCGGCGGCACCGCAAUCCGAAGCAGGAGCUCUCCUCGCCGCUCUGGCUGUUAGUCAUCUUUCAGCCUCCUCUCUCUCCCUUCUCAGAGUGCUAUCAGGGCCAUUCAUCGUUCCCAUCUCAUGCCUCCUGCCUCCUCCUCCUCCUCCUCCACAGCUUCAUCCUCCACUUCUACUCCUCCUCUGAUGAGCCACAGCCUCAGAGUGAAAUAACCCUGCUGAUAGAAGCUUCUCUCUCUGUCAAGACACUUUAAAUGAUCCAGCUGUGUGUGGACAGUGAGCUCUGGGCAUAGCAACAGCAAAACUGAUGCACAGGAAAGGGAAGGGGAGACGGGAAUGAGGGGGAUGAGACAUGAGAGAAUAAGUGAUUGCUUUCCCUCCCGUCUGUCCAGGUGCCAUGUGUGAUUGGCCGGCGCACCCCGUGGCAGUGGCAUCGCCCUGGAUUUGGCGAGAAGCUCUCCCCCCCGCUCGUUCUCUGGGGCUCCUCUGGGAGGCUUUCAUAGGAUUUAUCUGGUCCUGCUGGAUGGCACAGAGCUCUCUGCCUCUCUGAGAAGAGUCCACGGAGAAAAACACACACACUGCACGGAUAAGAAGUAAAAUAAUUAUCCAAUCACAGCACAAGGAGGCAGACCGGGUUCCCUUAGCAACAACUGAAGAAGAGGAGAGAAUCCUUUUUCUCUUUCUGCUCCCUUGGUUUUUUUUUUCCUCUUUUUUCGGGCACACCCCUGUGGACUGCUGUGGGUCAGUGUUUUGCCGAGAGAACUUGGAUAGUGCCGUUGCGUAAGAAGAGCUGCCACCCGAAUUCCAGGGGAAGGUGCUCGGUCCGCCCUCCAGCCCCCCUCGUAACUGUGUCUCAUCGACACCAUGAUGUUUUUGUUGCCCCUCCACAAAUUCUCGUCACAAGUCACGUUCCGCUGGCUUGGAAAUCAAUUCAUUCUGAUCCCACGCCACCUGGAAUAAGCCCUGCUUUGGGGAGGGGGGGGAGAUUGGACUCUGUCACUCUUGUGAAAAGACCCACACCUCCCUUGCUCUCUUUCCAUGGGCGAGAAAUGAAGGACAACACAAGUUAAGUCGUCAUCUGCAAAGAAAAUGGAUGUGAAGCAAAGUUUUUUCUGAUGGGAGUUUCUACCGACAAGCUUUUUAUUUGUCCUGGAGGAGGAAACGCCACAGCACACAGAGGAAUACCCCCUUAUUUUUCCCCAAAACAGGAUCUGUCCUUCCUCUCCUGAAAGACAGUAGCCCUCACUGUGGGACUAUAUUUAGAAGGCAAAUCUCGUCCCCGCUGGCCAAUAAUGUAGAACACCAUUAUUUUGGAAAGCGAGCCACUGCUGGAAGUUCUAUUUUUCUACCUGUGUUGGAGGAGCUUUCUCUAUACAAAGGGUUAAAACCAACCCCCUUUUUCUGCUUUCACUUUUUGUACAUUAGCCUGCCAUCAUGUCACUGUGUUCCACGAUUAAAAACAACUGUACAGGACAAGUUGUGGAGGGAAAAAGUCCAUCUCCUGCAUAGACAGGUGUUUUAAAUAGCAUCUCCUCGGGAACAGUUUCAAACGUACACACUGACACAUGAGAUGAGUUGGCUCAACACGAUUAUGUAAGAGUUUCAUACCAGCUUUUUUGCCCAUGUAUUUUGCCUCUCUCCCUUUUCCAUGGAUUUACAGCGGUUGACUUUUCCCAUGCUCAUUUUCUCGCCGUUUUCGGAAGCGUCUCCCAGAGGGCAUGGAUGUCAGAGCGUGACCCUGUGCCGAGAGUGCGGGCGAGGCAAGGUGUUUUGGCUGCCCAGGUGCUUUUAAGAUGUUGAGGUCUCCCUGCGUGGCCGGGGCCCCUGUUCGGAUCAGUAGCACUGAGGCUCCUUGUAGCCAAAGACAUGGACCCCGACUCGGCUCCCCCACGCCCUCAGCCUGUUGGCCACUGGCCCCACGUCGCCCUGUAAAGGAUGUCCCUCAGCAGAGCUCCGGCCCGGGACACCUCUGAGACCCCCAGCCCGAGAGAACGCAUCCGCAGCCACAUGAAGAUGGUGAUCAGCCAGCUGGAAGGUAUCCUCAUAGAGCUCAAGGAUGUGGCCAAGGAACUCCGGGAGGUGGUGGGUCAGAUCGAUAAACUAACGUCCGACUUUGACUUUGACCUGGACCCAGAUGACUGGACGGUGGCCACAGCCAGCAGCACGUCCAGCAGCGAGCGGGGUCUCGGAGAGGCCUUCAGGCUGGACUUCCUCAAUGCGGAUGUGCUUUCUGACAGCUGGGAGUUCUGCAGCUACCUGGAGGCAGCUGGCGCCACCGCCCGCAGGCCUGGUGAGCAACCGGGAGACCUGCGAGCGGAGCUGGGCCGCGGAACCAUCCCCACCCAGACGCAGACCCCCACCCCGCCCCCCACCACUGCCUCCGUCUACUCCCAGAUGAACGGCGGGCUGCCCAUCCCCAACGGGCCCCGCAUUAUUACCCCGGAUUCAUCGAGCGAGGAGGCCAGCAGCUCCACGCACAGCCACAAGACUUCCCGUACCUCUGGCACAAGAGAAAGGGUCCGCUUCAGUGACAAAAUUCUGUACCACGCGUUGUGCUGCGACGAUGACGAGGAGGAGGAGCAGGAGGAGCUGCAGGACGACAAGAGCGGCUGUGCUACGCCAGAUAGCGACAGCGAGCCCAGCCUCCUGACGAGCUCGAUCGCUCCCAAACGGUCAUCCUCCGAGCACUCCCUCCUCCAUAACUGUCUGGACCCUUCCUACGUCUCCUCGCCGAUGAAGGGGACGACGGGAGCUCACACACUACCCAGGAAAGGUCUCCUGAACCCCGGCUGCCGCAAAAAACUGUUAAGAAACAGCAGCACACAAACUGUCUCUGACAAGAGCACCCAAACUGUACUGCCCUAUAUUCCAACCAAACAGAAAACAAAGGACCACUGAGGAAAAGCUCUACGUUCAUCAUAACAUCUCAUGAAGAGGACUGUGCAUUAUUUAAUAUUAAAUACAUAGCUCAUAGAUUAAUACACAAAUAAAUUAAUUACUAAAUAAAUAAAUGAUAUAUGGGAAAUCACUCGACUACCUAAAGUUAUUCUGAGGCUCAGGGAAAACUUGAUGGAAUGAAGCAAAGCAGAUCGUUACAAUGAAAGUUACAAUGAAAAAAAAGAGGUUAGUGCCUGUUCUGAUGUUGAAAAAAAAAAAGAUACACCGGAUGGAUUCCCUGUGUGUAAUCGUUUCAAAACGACAUGACAAGAGAUUACAAAAAGCAAUCAUUUUUACCAGGAACAUUUGAAGUGUUCGGAAGGUGGAAGUGAGGUAUGAAGAGGUCCUUUUCCCCUCCUCGUACUAUAGAACGAGUCAGGAAAGAAAAAAAAAAAAAAAGAAAAGAAAAGAAAAAUGCUUGUUCCUAUAAUGUGGAUACAAAACGCUGCACAUUCUGUACUCUGAAUCUGUAUAAACAUUGUCUUUUUUCAUGUUCCAGUUAUUUCAAAUGUCAAGGGGGUUGUUGCUUUCAGCAGGGUAAUGUAUCUGGAUGCACAUGUCAAGCCUCCUCCUCUCUUUGAUGUCAACGAAACAACUUUGAGCGUGGAGCCAGAAAACAACAUCAUUUACCUGCCCAUGAUUUAUAUAAAUCAUUUCAAUGUUACCUCUUUCUCGGUCUGCCGGGGAAGCUGAAGCACAAGGAGAGAAGGGGAGAAAAACAUAUAUAAGUACAUAUACGUAUAUAAAGUAAUAUGACACUGUGCAGUCCAUAAAAGUGACAUUUCCAUUUUUUUUUUUUCCCUCUGCAUUCAUGCCAGGCUCUGACGUCAUUAAGGACCCGGGAGCAGACUUAAAUAGCGGUCCACAAAAAAAAGAAAAAAAAAAAAAAAAAAACAAGUGCUAAAGGUUUUGUCUCUCUAUUCAGUUGCCCAGUGGGGAAUUGAACCCGGCAGAGCAGCGUUUUUAUUCACAGGGCUAACGCCAAUAGCCGUUCCUGAUCAAUAUGUUAGAGGGAGGUUGCAGCGAGAGGUCUCUCUGCUGAGCCUGCAUGCCACUCUCCUGGGAUCCCUGAACAAAAACUCACAGUCAGACCUAUUUACUUACACUGAGCGGAAAAGAAAUUAGAACUAUGGCCCCGAAGAACUGACAUUUCAAAAAUAUG